AUGUCAGUGGGUAUGGGCCAAGAUGUGACAAUUGUCGUCAGUGAGGGAGUGACGACCACGCUCUUCAACCGAGAUGAAGAUGAUUUCUUUGAAGGAUUAUCAGCACGCAUCUCGGAUUUGCAACGUCCACUGGUAUCUCCUCUUGAACACCUGCUCGAAAACACAACACGAUAUCUUCCAAUGCCGGCGGAGGAAAUCCAGAUUCGCCAUGCAAUUAGUGAGGCAUCCGCGCGCCUGUCUGAAAUUGACCGCGCUGCAGUGCAGAUACAGCGCCUCCUCCGAGACCUCGAACGCGAACGUACAAACGUGCAAGAGUUUGCAAACAAGUAUCGGGUCCUUAUCGCACCUGUGUGGGAGCUACCUCCCGAAAUCCUGUCCUACAUCUUCACCCUAGCCCUACCUUUGUCCCCUCCUUCAGAGAUCAGCAGGAGGACGCUGAGGCCUGCCCUGGUCCUGGCUCAUGUCAACCAGCACUGGAGAAAUGUGGCCCUCUCCACUCCGCAGCUCUGGACAAACAUCUACAUUGACGCUUCGACGCUCCAGCAUGAGCUGUGCAUACCUAGACUUCUUGUCAAGCGAUCUGGUGACUGUCCGCUGACCCUCCACGUCCGCCAUCAUGCACCGUACUCUGAAGAAAUUGCUGAAUUGCUCAUCUCACUUUCUCCUCGCUGGGAACAUGUCUCUCUCGAUAUCAGCAUCGUGAUGAUAGAAGGUCUCAGCCGCAUACAAGGUCACCUCCCUUCCCUCCGCUCGGUCGAAAUUAAGGCCUCUCUACGCUGGACGGACGAAACACCCCGCGCACACCUAGGGUUCUUCUCGAACGCCCCUCUCCUACGGCAUGUGGCCAUCGCCUCUCCCUUCAUCCCAGACUACCGCGCACUUCCGUGGCACCAACUUACGUCCUACGACGGCCCUGUCUCCGUUGUCGACAUUCCACGCAUCUUCGAGGUCGGCCCAAAAUUGCAGGAAUGUUUCAUCCAGCCCAUGCGCAUGACCCCCGGCCAAAUCCUCCCCACUGAGCCACCGGAAGCCUCCGCCCACAGCACUCUCACAUCCCUGCACCUCAGCACGGGCCUCCUCUACAACAUCUUCAUGCAGGUCCACCAUCUCCCUGCAUUCCCCAACCUCCGGCGCCUCUUCAUGUACUACGACAAACGCGUCAUCACCACAAACCCCUCGCAGACGCUUGUGCCCCUCUUCGCCAAAUCAGGUGCCCAGCUCGAGGAGUUGACGUUUGGCGUGUCGACCGACACGAGUACGAUCCGCACCUGUCUGAUCCACACGCCCGAGCUGAGGGUGCUCCAGAUCCACCGUGUUGCCUGCGACGAGCUGCUCAACUUCCUCACUCUCCCACCAGAAGACGAGACACCCCUCUUGCCCAAACUCGAGACGCUGCGGCUCUCCGGCAAGGUUUAUUUCCAGGCAAGGACCGUCAUCAAAAUCAUUCGCGCCAGAUGGGCUCAAAGCGAGGAAGACAGGCAGCACCCCAACAAGCGCCUCAAGUCGAUCGCCAUCCUUCCUCCCAGGCAUGAUAAGUUCGAGCCCGAGGCGAGGAAGGAGUUGCUUGCCUUCAACGAGAAGGGCUUCACGGUCGUUAUCCGGCCGUUGGACAGAGCGGCUUUCCGGAGCCGUACGCCAUCGUCUUUUUGUUGA